AUGAGCAACUCGUCCUUGCCGUCGGACUCGGAGAGCGAGGGCAAGCCGCCGGGAUGGCGGCAUUGGUGGGAAACGCCUGCGACGUCCAGCGACCCUGGCUCCACGCCGAGGGAGGUCGAGGAGGACGGAGGCGUCGUUGGCAGUGACGGCCAGGAGGAGAAAGAGGAGGAGGACGGAGGCGCCAUUGGCAGCGACGGCAAGGAGGAGGAGGAGGACUCCGACGCCAAGUUCGCACGGUUGGAGGCGGCGGACGAGAAGGCGGUGGCAAGGAAGGAGGCAAGAGCCCGGGCAAGGGCAAGGGCAAGGGCGCAGGUGGCGCAUCGUCGUCCGUUCACCGACGACGACGAAGACGCCACUUCGUCCGACUGGAACUCCUCCACGGACGCGUCAUCCGGCAGUUCCUCUUCCGAGGAGGAGGUGACAAGCAAGAGGCGCGUCCGUGAGGAUGACGAGGCAGGACCUUCCAACAAGAAGGCUAAGAAUUAG